AAUAUAUCCAAUUUAAUUUACUUUUACAAUAUCUUUUACAAGUAACAAAAAUGUCAUCACCUUUCGACUCCGAUCUGGAGUUGGAGAAUAUAAUAUUCAAAAACGAGUCUAUUAUUAGACAUCCUGGUGAAGUCAUAGACUUGAUAUCAUCAUCGGAAUCGGAAGAAGAUAAUGAUGACUGUAAUGAAUAUUCAACUGAAGGUAAUAAUAUCCAACACCAUGAAGAAAUCACUUCCGUAGUUGAUACAACUUUAGAAGGUGAAUCAGCUUUAGCAGAUGAUCCCACUGUUAAGCUACACCAUGUUGGCAUGUACAAACAAAAUUCUAAUACUGAUACCCACUUAAUUCUCGGGCAAGAAAAUCAUAUCGAGGAAGAACAUAUUCAUUUAAAUGAUGAUGAGGUAAACAGAAAUAGAGAAAACGUCGAAGUUCUACAAAAUACUAAAGAAUAUAGUCAAACUAAUGCUGUACAUCCUAAUGAAACUCAAACUACUGAUGUUGAUAGAAAUACUAAUGAACCUGAACAAACUCAAACUACUGAUGUUGAUAGAAAUACUAAUGAUCCAGAAGCAACUCAAGAUACUCAACCUGAUCAAUUAACUGUCAAUGAAACCAACCCUUAUGAUCCAGAACAGACACAAACUCAAUACUCAAGUUUCAAUGAUAGCAUUGAGUUAAAUGCCAUAAAUGACGAAGUCAAUGAGAUGUAUAAUGAGUUGAACCAAGAUCCUGAAUUCACAGAGUAUGAACUGACUGAUACCAAUGGCAUAGACAAAGAAUUGAAUGAUUUGUAUAUUAACAGUACUCCAGAAGAAACCCUUGUUGAUCUAAAUCGAACAGAACCUAUAUACCAGAAAUUAUAUAAUUAUACUUCUGAAGAAGAACUGUUUAUGGAUGUUCUUGAAUUGAAUGGAGUAUUUAUUGUGGAAAAUAUACCAUUCAUUUACGAUGCCAAAGAUCUUAUUUUCUAUAGGCCGACUCUAGGAAUAAUCAGUCGAAAAAUUAGAACAUUGGAAGCUUAUACCUUUGUGAAAAUGAUGUCCCUAUUUAAUAGUAUUUUAAAUAAAUACCCACCAUUACAAAGAGAUUCAACAGGAAGAUUGAUGGCCAAAAUUAAAGACCCAAGAAUAAUUCCUGAAGAUUUGAUAAAUUGCGAAAUUUGUCCUGCAACAUUUUCAAAAUACAAAUAUGUUAGAUCACAUAUGCACAGUGAACAUAGAAUCAAUACUGUUGAAGUUACAGAAGAGAAAACGUUCAAAGUCAAGGAUAAUUUUCGCAUAACGGGAAUAAUACAGUCAGAUGAAGUAAUAGACUUAAAUAAAACAAGCACUACUGAUAAUCUUGUAAACGAGCCAAAUAAGGAUGCAUUCUUAAGCAUUCCAGAAGUACAGCUAGCAUUAAGCAAAUUUAAGGGUAAUACUGAUUUCGAAUAUUGGUCACCAAUACUAUUUCCACUUGUUUUAAAUGUUAUCACUGCUGACAGAUAUGCAUUAAGUGCUGUAGUUAAUGAGCAAAUGACAUCUUUUUUUAAUUGUGGAAUACAAAUUGAAACACAAAAAAAGUAUAGUAAAUACGCUUGUAUGGUUCUAGCGGUGUAUGCAGAAUACAAUAAUUUACAAAUUACAGCUGAUUCAUUUCCUUCAAUUAUUGAAACUUUCUUUAUCAAAUAUGUGGUUCACAAGCACAAUCCCUUAGAAGAAUAUAAUCUUAUAGAUUAUGUUCUUCUAAGCAUGUGUGUUGAAGGAACGCAUUUAACUACAAGUUCCAUAAGAGAAAGUAUUUUAAAGGGAUUUAAAUAUUUUCUCUCGUGUCUAGUAGUCGAUAGAAUUGGUCCUCACAGCCUGAAAUUAAAUGUUUGGAAGUGGCAGUAUAGAUCUACUUAUGAAUCAAACUUUAUGUCUUUCUUUAAAUUUUUAAUGUUGCACAAAAUACAUAUAAAGAAGUCUCCUAGAUGGUCUACACCGGUGUUAAUGCUAAAUAAUCUGAAGGAUCAUAUAAGCGUAGGUGGUUCAAAUAUUCUGAUUCAGCAGCUAAACCAAGUUAAAGAUAUUUGUGAAGAGGAAAUAUAUGGAGUAUUAAACAACUAUUUUGAUGCUUCAUACUUGGAUAUUGCGAAUACAUUCACUGAGACAAUUACAAAGUUUCGACCAAAUACUGAGAGAAGUGAGUAUGGUAUCGCUACUUACAAUAGAGUGUAUAAUAUUCGUAAUAUUCGUAAUAUAUUUAAAAGAAGACAACAGCCCUAUGAUAAAAAAGGGAUGCUUAAGGUAUUUAAUGAGUUAUAUAAUGUUCAAUUUUAUAUAUUUGUGUUGAUCCUCAUAGGAGUCGGCGUACCAUACAGAGGCUCCGAAGUAUUGACAAUGCGUAUACGAAACUACACAAAUCUGCCAUCAAAUGUGAUGCUCCAUGACGGCUCAUUGAUGUUUAUAACAUCAUAUUCCAAAACAAUGCAUUAUAAAGGAAGAGUGAAAAGAAUCACCAAGUUAAUGCCUCAGAAAUCAAGUCAGCUAAUUUAUGCAUAUUUACAUUACACCAGAGGCUUAAUGUAUCACUUGGCAGUUCAAUUGCAAAGCACUCCGCCAACAGAAGAUGAUAUUGACGAUCAGAUGAAUGAUGAAAUUGAAGAAGAGAUAGAUGACGAAAUUAUCGACAUCCCAAAUAGUGUGCUUGCAGGCCAACAACCAGAAGGAUACUCGGACUUAACUAUAGCAUAUAGAUAUAGACUAUUUGUGAGUCUCACUGGCAAUAUAAAAAUGUCACUGGUGUUAUCCAAUAUAAAAUCAAUAUUUGAAAAGAUAGAAGUAGAGCAGUUUGGACAGAGGAAGCUUCGACAAUCCUUGCAUUUUUUUGUACACACUCUACCCUUAAGAUCAAAUAAUUUGGAACAUUAUAGUAGCUUAUUAAACAGGAUGGCUGAUCACAGCGAUCAAACAUCAACAAAUUGGUAUGGUAGAGAUCCUAUCACUGGAAUCAAUGCCAAUGACCAGUUGUUGAUGUUAGAGAUCUGCUCUCAUUGGCACAACCUUUUGACUGUAGGAGGACCAAAUAUAAUAGAAAAGGAUCCAACUAUUCCACCAAAUUCAAGUGUCACAUUUAACGAUAUUGAAAAUAUUUAUAAGAAAUAUGCAAAUGGACCAAUUAAUCAAAUUGACGAGAGGUGUAUACGAGAAUUAACAAGUGGGAUGGAUAUAUUUUUAGAUAUACCAUACGAGCAAAGAAUACAAUCAAUAGCUCUUAGCAUUAAAUUGCAAAAAACUAUUGACGUAAAUAUUAUAAUCAUUGGAUAUCAAGCGUCUGAAUUACUAAAGAAAUUGGAAAAAUAUGAGAUAUCAUGGAAAAUGUAUGAUGCAUUGAAUAGUCUUUUAGAUCUGGAUGUAAUAAUAUUUCCUAUAUCCAAAAUUCAUAAAUUGAAAGGCUUAAUUAGCAUAAUAAAUGCUUCUAAUUAUAAAGUUAACCGACUUAUUAUUCAAGAUGUUCAUGAACCAAAAAUUUAUGAAAUGUUUAGAGACAUAAAGUCAACACCAUUAGUUAUAUCUUCAUCAGUGAUACCAAGGAGCUGGGAGAUUGAGCAGAUGAUUGGACGAGAAAAGAUACUGACAUUGAAAAUUGAAACCUGGCCAACUCCUACAGUUACUGUUAACUAUUUAUCUGGAUCAGUAGGAUCAGUUGAACAGACUAUUACAGAUACUUUGAGACACAACACAGAAGAAACGAUAGUUAUUGUUGUACCAAAUUCACGUCUAGGACAUCAAUUAUGUAACCAUCUUACAAGAGAAUUCAAAGUGGGCCAACUAUAUACCUUUAUGCCUGACGAUGCAAAAGAGAUUAUUAUUUCGAAGAUCAUCAACAAUGAAUUAAAUGUUGUAGUCACUGAUGCUGCAGACAUUGAUUUGGCCCAUUUAAAACAUUACAUUAUAGCAUACUAUGUAAGGUCUGAAUUGGAUUAUUGUUUGGUGUUAAAUAAAUGCAGUAAUAGUGGAUACCUUGAUAUUAUAUUGGAUCUAGAUAGAGAACAUACUAUAGAUUUGGGUGAUACCACAGAUCCGUUAAUGCUAAUGAGAAAGCUAUUAGGCCGAUCAUACGAAAGUCCCACUAAUUCAACAACAGAUGAACACCAAGAAAAGAGACAGCGAUUGAGUUAACUAAUCUAGGAUCUUAUAUGACAUUUAAUUUAUAUAUGCUUUAAUAUAUUACAA